ACUAGUCCACCCCGUAAGUAGAACAUCUAUACAGUACACACUCUGUGUAUGUGUAAAAAGUUUAUAUAAGAACAACAUAAUUUUUUAAAAAAGAAUAAAUGGAAUAUUCAAUCGAUUAUUAAAUAAAUAAUAAUCUAUGCUAAGAUUAUGGCUGUUUGUGCAGCAAUUAUUGGUAAAGAUAACUCUCCAAAGUAUUUUACAUGCGUAAACCCAGACGAAGAAUUGUCAUUCCAGUACAAAGUAUUAUCUUCUUUAGAUGUAGUUGAAGAAAAGCUAAAUAAUGGAAAUAAAUCGGAUUCACGAGAAUUGUACCUGGGACUACUAUAUUCCUUAGAGAGACACAAAAUUUAUGGUUAUGUUACAAAUACGAAAAUAAAAUUCAUCAUAGAAACUAAUACAUCACUACGUGACAAUGAAGUGCGGUCUAUGUUUCGAAAAUUACAUUCAAUUUAUGCUGAUAAUGUCUGCAAUCCAUUUUACAUUCCCGAUGAACCAAUCACUUCAAAAUCGUUCGACAAAAGUGUCAAGCAUAUUAUAAGUGGAAAUUAGAAUAGCUAUAUAUUUUAUAAAUAAAAUUUAAGGCGUUUACUCUAUUACAUCAUAUACCUAUGUUCUAAUAGUCAUCAAAUAAAUUUAUAAAUCUUUGUGAAAA